AUGGCCGCUAUUAUAGUGUCAGCCAUCGCUGAUCUCAAUAAGUACGUUAUUGCUGGACUUGCGCUCUUAGCAUCUAUUACAGUAUACUCGGUGUAUCAUGUCAUCUAUAAUCUCUUCUUCUCCCCAAUCGCAGGGUUUCCUGGCUCAAAAUUAGCAGCCACCACUGGCUGGGUAGAAUUCUACUAUGACUACUUCAAGCAAGGCGCCUAUAUCUAUGAGAUUGAAAAGAUGCAUCAGAAAUACGGGCCAAUCGUCCGAAUAAACCCUGAGGAGCUUUCAAUUCAUGAUCCAACCUUUUAUAAUGAGAUAUAUUGCAUAGAAAGCAAGCGUCGAACGGACAAUUACAAUCAUUUUGGAAAGGGGAUUGAUUUUGAUGACCACGAUGCUCAUAGACGCCGGCGGAAGCCGCUUGAACCUUAUUUUUCCCGCAAAGGAGUCAUGGAAUUAGAGAAAACAACACUACACCCGACAGUCAGAAAAUUAGAGAAGCGUUUUCAAGCAUUGAAAGGGACAGGCACUGUUGUGCGCCUGGAUUAUGCCUUCACUGCCUAUACUGGAGAUGUCAUUGGACAAGUAUGCUGUGAAGAUCGGGAAGAAUUUCUAGAGGACCCUGAAUUCGCUCCAUACUGUAUCGUAAAUUUGAUUCCUGAAUCCGUGAUAACAUGGGCGGAUCCCCGGAGCAAGAAAAUGAUCGAAUACAAACAGUUGACGAACCGACAUAUCGAGAUUGCGAAAAGUCAGAAACUGCAGGGUACUGAGAGCAAGAAUCAAAGACCAUCACUUCUCCGCUAUCUUGUCAACAGCGACUUACCCGAGUCAGAACUUUCCGUAGAGCGUCUAACCAAGGAGGCUCAAGUUCUGCUCGGAGCCGGUACUGUGAGCACCGCUCGCACACUUGAUUUCGUUUGCUACUAUAUCCUCGCAAAUAAAGACAUCCAGGCCAAGCUUCAAAAUGAGCUCCGAGAUAUUAUGUCAAAUUAUCCAGAGCAGAUCCCAUCUUUCGUUCAGCUUGAAAAGUUGCCCUAUCUUACUUCACUCAUCAAAGAAGGUCUUCGAUUGAGCUUUGGCAACAUGCAUAGACUUCCACGAGUCUUUCCAGAUGCCGCGAUUCAGUACAAGCAAUGGACGAUCCCACCUGGAGUUCCAAUGGGCAUGUCUGCAUAUCUCAUGCAUAUAGACCCUACGGCAUAUGAGAAUCCGUUUACAUUUGAUCCAGAUCGCUGGAUGGGCGAGCCAAGUCCUCUUCUAGCUAGGAACUAUGUCCCAUUCACGCGGGGUUCGCGAAAUUGCCUUGGAAUGAAGUAA